AAUACAAUAAAUAAACACUGCAGCUGUGUGUACAGUUAGAAUUUGGACAUUAAAGAAUUGAAGAGGACAAUCGAUUUUUACAAAGGAAAAUUGCAUAUGCCCGGAACCUUCUGGUUAUUAGUAUCCUGCACGGGACGUCAUACACAGCAGAAGAAUGAUUGUAGAUAUAGUUCCAAGGACCUUGCAAAAUGAGGUCAGCACUGGUGAUUGGAGCCUCCCGUGGAAUAGGGAAACAAGUGGCUAUCACUUUAUCUAGAGAUGGUUAUUCUGUGGGCGUGGCUGCAAAGACCGAAGUCUCGCAGGAAUCAUUGCCGGGGUCAUUCCAUGACGUAGUACGUGACAUCACCAAAGAAGGAGGUGUUGCAAUACCUAUAAAAUGCAAUGCCAGGAAGAGUAGCGAUAUUGAGGAUGCUGUAACUAAGUGUAUUGAAAAAUUCGGUAAACUUGAUUUGGCAGUAUACAACGCGGGAGCCAUUUUAUGGAAGCCUGUGAUUGAAACUCCUCUAGCACGGUUUGAUCUUAUGCAUGAAGUGAAUGUCAGAGGGGCGUAUACCAUGAUUCAGCAGGCUCUGCCACAUUUUCUCGCGAGAAAAUCCGGAAGAAUAAUUUUAGUGUCACCUCCUAUAUACAAUAGAUUUUUCAAAGGCAAGACACCAUACAGCGUUAGUAAGACUGGAAUGACAGUUCUCACACAUGGUUUGGCUAACGAACUACAAGGCACAGGUGUAUCAAUUUCCUCUUUAUGGCCAGCCACCGUCAUUAAAGCGUUUGUUACAGACCAACUCAAAACUCCUAAAUCCGUCAUGAGGACUCCAGAUAUAUUUGCUGAUGCCAUUCUUAAAAUUGCCGAAGAAAAGUCAGAAAAACUGAACGGAUUAGCUCUCAUUGAUGUAUAGUGUUUUGUUGUUAUUUUCAUGUGAUUUAUUUAUUUAUUUAUUUUGUUUUUGUUUAGACUGAACGGAUUAGCUCUCAUUGAUGUAUAGUGUUUUGUUGUUAUUUUCAUGUGAUUUAUUUAUUUAUUUAGUUUGUUUUUGUUUAGACUGAACGGAUUAGCUCUCAUUGAUGUAUAGUGUUUUGUUGUUAUUUUCUUGUGAUUUAUUUAUUUAUUUAUUUUGUUUUUGUUUAGACUGAACGGAUUAGCUCUCAUUGAUGUAUAGUGUUUUGUUGUUAUUUUCAUGUGAUUUAUUUAUUUAUUUAGUUUGUUUUUGUUUAGACUGAACGGAUUAGCUCUCAUUGAUGUAUAGUGUUUUGUUGUUAUUUUCAUGUGAUUUAUUUAUUUAUUUAGUUUGUUUUUGUUUAGACUGAACGGAUUAGCUCUCAUUGAUGUAUAGUGUUUUGUUGUUAUUUUCUUGUGAUUUAUUUAGUUUGUUUUUGUUUAGACUGAACGGAUUAGCUCUCAUUGAUGUAUAGUGUUUUGUUGUUAUUUUCUUGUGAUUUAUUUAGUUUGUUUUUGUUUAGACUGAACGGAUUAGCUCUCAUUGAUGUAUAGUGUUUUGUUGUUAUUUUCAUGUGAUUUAUUUAUUUUGUUUUUGUUUAGACUGAACGGAUUAGCUCUCAUUGAUGUAUAGUGUUUUGUUGUUAUUUUCAUGUGAUUUAUUUAUUUUGUUUUUGUUUAGACUGAACGGAUUAGCUCUCAUUGAUGUAUAGUGUUUUGUUGUUAUUUUCAUGUGAUUUAUUUAUUUUGUUUUUGUUUAGACUGAACGGAUUAGCUCUCAUUGAUGUAUAGUGUUUUGUUGUUAUUUUCAUGUGAUUUAUUUAUUUUGUUUUUGUUUAGACUGAACGGAUUAGCUCUCAUUGAUGUAUAGUGUUUUGUUGUUAUUUUCAUGUGAUUUAUUUAUUUUGUUUUUGUUUAGACUUAACGGAUUAGCUCUCAUUGAUGAGGAUUUUCUGCGAACUACAGGUGUAUCAGACUUCUCUAUGUAUCGCUGUGACCCGGAUGUAGAACCUCCGAGAAUGAUGCCACGGAAGUUUCCGGAUUUACGC